AUGAAGAUGAGGCGAAAGGGCAGCGGCGCCUUAUCAUGGAGUAAACUCGUAGUCGCAGGCCAAGCUCUAGCUCUGCUCUUUGCAGCUUGUCCUCAGGAUUUUGCUGCGGGCAAGCAGAGUUCGCUCAAGUUGCUGCGCGAGCGUGAGGGUCUUGCGCUCAAAGCGAAAGCCGAGAUACUGCCCCUGAGUGAUGAUAGCCAGCUCCUGCUGGCACGAAUUGUCGAUGCAGGGGAACGGGGUGACUGGCAACGCAUUCAACAGAUGUUCUCUGCGUACCAUCAAUCAGAAAUCCAAAUUCACACCGCAGUCAUGCACGCAGCUAUCAUGUGUGGGCAAUACAGCAGGGGGGCCAAGGUUUACGAAUCCCUUUGCGCACUCAACGUGACCAAGACAGCGCCGGCAUACACGCAGGCCCUUAAAAUCUAUGCUCAUCUGGGGCUGCGAGACGUUGUAGAUCGAGUCUGGGCCGAAGCUCAAGCUUGUUGUGAGUUGGACCAGCCCUUGGCAGCAGCACGCAUUGAUGCAGCUGCAUCUGUGGGAGAUGUGCAAACGGCUGCUUUUGUGCUAGACAGGAUGAACAGAAGCGGCGUCAGCGUCAAUAUUGCACACGUCACAUCGGCCAUCCGCGCAUGCUGGGAAACAGAGGGUCACGGUCACAACGCUGCUAGGUUUCUGUACCAGCUGUUGCUCGACUUGGGUCUUAAGCCAAAUGUAGUGACCUUCACAUGUCUCAUUGGAGCUUAUAAGACGGCGCCUCUCGAAGACAUUCUUGCAGCGAUUGCCGACAUGCAAGCGAUGGAUAUUGCGGCGAACACCGCUUUUGUCGAAACUUUUCUGAUCACUGUGCUCCGAAAGCCACGGGAUGGUCGUUGGAGCGUGGCUGACAUCAUCGCCAUGGUGCCUACAUGGCCUUCGGGGCGUGUUGCCGCUGCCAAAUCGGCACUUGAAGACUUCAAGCGCGAGCACAUCCAGCUCUCGCAGCUCAGCCGAAAGAUAGACCUGGCAUUGCAGCAGGUGGAUACAGGCGACGAUGUCUGA